AUGGGGACUCUCUCUGAUACACCACUCCCCUCGGCAUCAAAGAUGUCACGAUACCGUGCGGCGCGAGAGGCUAGCAAGAUGGACAAUGAAGUGCAGCCCAAAGUACCAGUGUCCCGCCCAACUACAUCCGGUACCAACAAUUCCAGUGAUCAAAAUCCCUCUAUUGCAAGAAGUAUGUCGCGCUACCGGCGCAAUCGGGCCCCUGAAAAAGUCGACGCUUGUGCUACCAUGCCGCCAAUCCCCGCUCGCACAAAACAUCAGGCUGCACCUCCUGUGCCAGACGUUUCGAAACGCGCACGGGCCAAAGAUGAAGAAGAGGAGCGUCUCAGGGAAAUCCACAGGCUCAAUGCGAUGGCUCAAUUGACUGGAGGCUCUCAGUCUUCAUCAGACCCAACUCCGUCUCGGUCUACCAAGCUAGAGAAGCAGGCAAGGCAGCAGCUGAAAAGAGAGGAGAAAAGGCCGACUGUGCAAGCUCACGAAAUCAAGAAAGAUCGACAAGUGGAGACAAGCUGUUCCAAAAGUUCGCGCGCCGCAGACCAGCCUCAACGCAGAUCUUUCUUCCAGAAAGUGCUGCAAUCUACGAAGAAUAAAGAAUCGGAUCAGGCACCAAAAUACAUAACUUCAGGUGGAGGUGGCCUUAUUCCUGGAAUAGAUGCGCCAGUCUCUGCUGUCAAUGCAGGCGAGCGCAAAGUCCUGGUACAGUAUGGCGAUGCCUCUACUGAGCUGGUAGUGACGCCCUUGACGACAGUCCAAAAUCUUUUACAUGCUGCUUAUGACCUCCUUUCGAAGGAUAUCAACCCCGAAACGUUCAUUCUUAUUGAAUCUUUUUGUCAGGUUGGUCUGGAGCGACCCUUGCGUCGAUACGAGCAUGUCCGAGAUGUGAUGAAUUCUUGGGCUCACGAUGCGGACAAUCGACUUAUUAUCAUCCCACCUUCAGGAGCAGAGGCCCUAGCUCAAGUCGACGCCGGAAAUGUUUCGAGCAAAAAGCCCACUGAGACUACUGUUUAUGUGUACUAUUCUCGUCGUCCUCGCAAAUGGGACAAACGAUAUGUUACUCUACGUGCAGACGGCCAGAUCAUGAUUGGCAAGAAGGGAAACUCUACUGACAUGACAAACAUCUGCCAUUUGUCUGAUUUCGACAUCUACUCUCCAAAUGCACGGGCUCUAGCGAAAGAGAUCAAGCCCCCGAAGAAGAUUUGCUUUGCAAUCAAAAGUCAACAGAAGUCGUCCAUGUUCUUGUCCACUGAAAACUUCCUGCACUUCUUCACUACGAACGAUCGUGCUGAAGCAGACAAGUGGUAUCAAGUCGUGCAAAGCUGGCGUAGCUGGUAUCUGGUUAAUGAAUUAGGAGCUGGUAGGGAGCCUGAACCUGAACUCCAUGUCCUCAAUCGGUCUAUGACUCAAAAGGGUGGCCGACAAGUGAAUGAACCGUCUCUGGAACGACAGGUUGGCUAUACAGAGCCGCUUAUCAACCAGGCGACAUCUGUUGAACAGCCCCGGCCGACAACUGCAACAAUAAGCCCUUUUGCUCGUCUCAAGCGAGACUAUGGCCCGUCACAAUCAUCCUACCAGCCGCUGUCAAUCGACACCAGUGCCACGGGAUCUGACAACGAGAGUCCAAUGGCGCGAAGUUUUGGUGCAGAAGAGGGAGAGACGGGAACCUUCUCUCCAACCGGUCUGCUCGGGCGUAACUACACCCAACGACAAAAGGUCAUGCGCGAGCGAGAGAAGGAGGAAAACCGAGCAAAGGCAGAUCCCUUCACUGGAAUGCUAUCCGGAAGUCAAAACUACUCGCCCGCGUAUUCCCCAGCGCAACAAAAUAGCCGCUCGAACACGAUGACCCAUGCCCCUGAUACCCUGUCUUCCCUCGCCCACACCCAAUCCACUAAGAAACAAGGGAAACCUCUGGUCGAUCUCACCCCCAUCUUCCAGGAAGCACCACAGCACUUGCGCAAGGGUCGCGCCGUCCAUGUGGAGCAAGGUCCUCUCAUCGACGCAGCUACUGGCCCUGAUCACGGCACCGGGUCGGUGGCUAUUCCAUCUGCAACAACAUGGCGACGACCAGACCACGACGUACCUUCUCAGGCCCCGCAUCGCUCGAACACAAUAGCUACAGCACGCCACGAGCCUGCUCCUUUAGGAGAUAAUAUGCAACAGAACAUGUUUGAACCUCAUAGUCUUCUGUCGAGAGCCCGUAAAACUACCGGUGCCAGUAAACCAAUUGGCCACGGUGUUGCAACUGGUGACCGUCUUGCUACUCGUCCCAUGUUAGAUGUGGCGCCCGAAAAUCCCUUUGCUGAGGGCAGUCUUCUUCGAAAGCUAUGA